GGGAAUUCUGAAAUCAAUCGCAGUGCUCUACUCUGCAACUUUUAAUGGUCGGUUUUCCACGCGAUUUCUCGUAAUACGUUUUUGAUUUCAUGAUAUUUUAAGUUUGGAUUCUUCCUUUUCUGGAGUUUUUUUUUUUUUUUCCCGAUAUUCUACUGCAACGGAGAAAGGAUUUUCCGCCAUGGAAAGCAGCGUUUCCAGGCCCCUUACGGGGACUGAGAUUCAUGGAUUCCAUACCAUGGAAGAUUUGGAUGUUGUAAAAAUGAAGGAGGAAGCCGCUUCAAGGUGGCUCCGGCCAAAUGAGAUUCAUGCAAUAUUGUGUAACUACGCCCAUUUUAACAUCAACGUCAAACCAGUGGACUUGCCACCGAGUGGCACAAUUGUUUUGUUUGACCGUAAAAUGCUGCGGAACUUCCGGAAAGAUGGCCAUAACUGGAAGAAGAAAAAGGAUGGGAAGACUGUUAAAGAAGCUCACGAACAUUUAAAAGUUGGUAAUCUAGACAGGAUCCAUGUCUACUAUGCGCAUGGUCAGGAUAACCCCAACUUUGUCCGCAGGAUUUACUGGCUACUUGAUAAGAAACUCGAACACGUAGUCCUUGUCCAUUAUCGCGAAGUUUUAGAGGAUAAUGCGAAUCAGUCCUUUAGCACACCAAAAGAAUGUAAAGAGGCUUUGUCCUUGUCAAACAGGGUGCUUCAUGGUCCUCCAUUCACGCCUGUGAAUUCAAAUUCCGGCUCUUUGCACUCAGAUACGUCUGGUUCUGCAGUUGUAUCUGACGAAAUCGAUUCUGGGGCAGAUUGUGCAUUUUAUGCAGGUUCUGGCACUUCUUUGCUUGGUGAGUCAACUGAACUUGGGGAUCAGCUGGAUGAGAGUUUGAUAGCGAGGAAUAAGUUAAGACUCCACGAAAUUAACACACUUGACUGGUCAGAACUCUUGGAAACAAAUGAUGAUAUCAAUUCUGCUGCUCCUAGAAAAGAUGAAGCUUCUUCAUUUGAUCAACAGAGGGCAAAUGAGUUACAGGACUCGAAAAGUAAUGGUUGCCUUCCGUCGUCUCACAAUGAACAUCCAACGAACAUGGUUAAUGCAAGUGAUGUAGUUAGUGUUAAACAACUAGGCGAUACCUAUUUUCAGCCAGUGGGAGAUCAAAAUAUCCACCCAUCCUUGUUUGAGACAAAUAAUGGAAAAGAUUUUGAAAUGGUUACGACAGGAACUGAUGAAACCUUGAAUUUGUUUGACCAGAAUACCUUACAGACUCAAGACAGCUUUGGAAUAUGGAUGAAGUACAUUGUCAAUGAAUCCCCAGGUGGUUUGAGGGGUCUGCCACCGGUGGGUCCAAUGUCAACUGAUCAUGCAUCAGGUUCACCUGUGACAAUGGAACAGUCUUUGCCUCAAGAGCAAGUUUUCAGUAUAACCGACGUCUCACCUGCAUGGGCUUCUUCAACGGAAGAAACCAAGGUCAUAUUGAUUGGGCAUUUUCAUGAAGGUCAUACUCAUCUUGCCAGUUCCACUUUCUAUUGCGUCUUUGGUGAUCUAUGCGCUCCUGCAGAAAUGGUUCAAGUUGGGGUAUUUCGUUGCAUGGCACGGCCACAAACACCUGGCUUGGUCACUUUUUACUUGACUUUGGAUGGGAACCAACCCAUUAGCCAAGUUCUGAGUUUUGAGUAUCGAUCAAUUUCAAUCAGUCAUAAGAAUAAUGGGCUGGAUUUAUCUGAAGCCGAUGAGUCCAAGUGGGAAGAUCUACGAAUUCAGAUACGACUUUCUCGUUUACUCUUCUCCACGACUAACAUCACUACCAUUCUGUCAAACAAAAUUUUACCAAAUGCUAUAAAGCAAGCAAAAAAGUUCUCCUCCCUUACCCCUUCCUACGAGAAAAAAUGGAUGAAUUUUAUCGAGUCAGUUGAGACCAACAAGGAGUCAUUUUCAGAAGCUACUCACAAUUUGUUUGAGCUCUCUUUGAAGAACAAAUUCCAGGAAUGGCUUUUGGAAAGAGUGGUUGAAGGAUGUAAGACAACUGCCCGAGACCAUAAAGGUCAAGGGGUUAUUCAUUUGUGUGCUAUGCUGGGUUAUACAUGGGCAGUUAAUCCAUUUGUGCAUUCAGGACUUUCCUUGGAUUUUCGGGAUGCUUGUGGUUGGACAGCUCUACAUUGGGCGGCAUAUUACGGGAGGGAACGGAUGGUCGCAGUUCUCUUAUCUGCAGAGGCGAACCCAAGCUUGGUUACCGACCCAACUCCCAAAUGUCCUGGUGGAUACACUGCUGCAGACCUGGCAUCGAUAGGAGGUCACGAUGGCCUGGCCGCCUAUCUUGCGGAGAAGGGUCUACUAGCGCAUUUCCAGGCUAUGUCCAUAUCAGGUAACAUAACUGGCACCCUUCAAGCCAGUACAACUGAUUUGGAUAAGCUUGAGAACCUCAAUGAGGAGGAGCUGUGUAUGAAAGAUUCGUUGGCAGCAUAUCGCAAUGCUGCUGACGCAGCGGCUCGUAUACAAGUUGCAUUGAGGGAGAAUGCGCUAAAGGUACGGACAAAAGCAGUUCAGUUAGAAAAACUAGACUGCGAAGAAUACAUAAUUGCUGCAUUGAAGAUUCAGCAUGCCUUCCGCAAUUAUAAUGCCCGAAAGAGGAUGGCAGCUGCAGUCCGUAUUCAGCACAGAUUCCGGACUUGGAAGAUCCGCAGGGAGUUUCUCAACAUGCGUCGACAAGUUAUCAAAAUUCAAGCUGCAUUCCGUGGACACCAAGUAAGGAGACAGUACCGCAAAAUCCUUUGGUCGGUUGGAGUGCUUGAGAAGGCGGUUCUACGCUGGCGUCUAAAGAGGAAAGGCUUGCGUGGCCUUCAGGUUGAACCAGCUGAACCUGUUACAGCAACACAGGCACAAGAAAACGACGUCGAGGAGGAUUUCUACCGGAUCAGUCGGAAGCAUGCUGAAGAUCGGGUCGAACGAUCAGUGGUACGGGUCCAAGCCAUGUUCCGAUCAUACCAAGCACAAAAAGAAUAUCGAAGAAUGAAGCUGGUCUUUGAUCAAGCACAGUUUGAACAUGAUGACUUUUGAUUCCAAUCGUCGAGAGUAGCAGCCAGCUGUGCCGGGCUCCCCUGUCAUCAUCUGUCGGGCAGUUUGCUUUGCAGCAUAGGCUUUUAUCUUAUGCAAAAAUAGAUUGCUAUUUCUAUUAGUGAGAUGAUAUUUCCAUCCCUGAAAUUUGCUACUUCCAACUACUGCAAGGGCAAUUUAGUCAUUUUGGGGAUUGCCGACUCAUUCACUGAAUAUGACCAUAUUGAUUGUGCAGGGUUAGAAGUGUCGAAUUUACAAGGUGGAAUAGCAUUCCCCAUCAUGUAAAUCUUCCCCCUUUAGGGCCUGUUUGGCAGACACCUAAAAUGAGUUCAUCUCAUUUUAGUUAACCAUUAUUACAUAUUCUACUAAACAAACAGGCCCUUAUUUAGUUUAGAUGUUGUACAGUUGACCCCAUGUUGUGUAUGAUUUGAUAAGCGGAUCUUGUUGGGACCUUGACGAUGUUUGGUGUUUGGUUCCAUCAUAUGAUCUGGCUUUGAAUAGUGAAAACAUGGUUUCAGAAAAGUUCUAAGGUAGUGUGAAUCUUUUGGAUGCAUUAGAUA